AUGGACCUGAUCCACGACACAGCAGAGGCAACCGUUGGCGUCAGAGCGGCGCCGACCAAGUACAAGCGCUAUGACGACCCAGUCCUCGCCGCUUUGACCGAACAACAACGCGCACUCCAGAUCCGCAUCUACCACGACCGACAAGCCGCUACAUCGGCGCUUCGUCGAGAAAGAAAUGCUAUCUUGCACCAAAUCCAGUUCCGAUGCCGAGAGCUGGCCAAUCUAGCCCUCGACGAGAAGAUUCAGCAGAUCGAGCGCCUCAGUCCCACGGCUCAAAUGUUUGAAGCAGUCCGCGAGGCUACGCGUACGCGCAUUCAGCCGCUGCUUCUCCAUGCGGUUUGGACGCACCGAUGGCUUUGUGCUCGCAUUCAACGUUACCAGGAGAGCAUUCACGUCCUCGGCAUCGACCUGUCCAGAGCAUUCGACACUAUCGACAGACACAAGCUUCUCGAAGUCCUUCGAACAUUCCUGACCGACGACGACGUACGGCUCAUCCGACUCCUACUCGCGAACACGACGCUGGCCCUACGCUCCGGCCGCCGGACGCUCGACCCGUUCAUAUAUAUAUAUAUUAAAAUAAUAAUAUAUAUACUUUAUUUAAAAUUAUAUUUAUGUUAA